AUGGACCCUAGGCUGUACGAUCCCGAUGACGUGAAGCACAUCGACCCCGAGAAGCCACACUGGCAGGACCCACGCUUUGAAUCACGCGAAAGUCUUCAGUUUUUUGAUUUUUGGGGGUACAACAGGGACUGGAGCUGGACGCUCUUCCGGGCCUCUACCGUUAUCUUUGCUAUUGCGCUUUACUGGGAGCUGCUCACGCUGCUAUAUACGCAGAAUGACCCACCGCGGAUUACGGGCAGCACCACUGUGUCACCUGUUCCAGACCAUGCGAGGGACGACAAGGCAACCGAGGAAGAGUUACGUGCCACAGGCUUCGCAUACAUUGGCGUAAAGGAGUUGGACCAUCUUGGUCUGUCAAGCGGCGGAAGCACACCGUCAGGGAGGAAGGAGGAGGACGCUUAG